AUGCAAUCUGACGUUAAAUCAUCUGUUGUGUCCCAAUAUGCAGCUGGUUACGUGUGUGCCUGCCCGACUGGCUUCAGCGGACAGCAUUGCCACCUGCCUGAAGUAGGAGAUACUUCCCUGAAACUUUCCCUGGGGGCGUUAGUAGCCAUCGUCGUGUGGUGCACUUUCCUGCUACUGCUGAUCUGCGCCUUCCUGCUGCACCAACACCACAGACGCUCGGCCUUGCGGAGGGGCAUGGCCGACGUCAAGGAAAAUGUGAUGAACUGCAAGGAACAGACGGCCGCCCCCUGUAGCCACACGCCCAACUUACUCGAGCUCAAACUUCUCAAACCGCCCAAGGCAAACGGGCAGCCGGCGUGGUCAAAGAACCCUAACAUCGCAGACGUGGACGUCCUGCAGGUGGACGCGGCGUCGGUCACCAGCAGCGUGGAGGACCAGAAGCGAGGGGCCGCCUCCGCCGCGUCGGCAGUCCUCAAGAACGGCGAGAGCAAGGGCGGAGACGCACGCACCGCCGCCGGGAGUCAGAACGGAGGCAGCCGCGGAGGAGCCAAGAACCCUCCUGCAGGAGACGACUUGAGAAACUACGCUUACGAAGAAGAGGAUAAAUGA